GUAAAUAUAACCAGCAUAGAUGGCUGAAUGGUGUUAUUGUCAUCAUCUUGCAUUACUAUGCGGUAUACGGUACCAGAUUCUAGAAAGAACAUGGCCACUUAAAAAUCUCGACUUGGGAUGUAUUUAUGGACUAAAAUCACUGCAAUAUGAGUUCGGAUGAUGCAGCUAGCUCAAUCACCAGUGGAGGUGACUCUACAUCUUCAGGAGCAAUUGGAGGUGCCUUCCACUGUGAUGCGCUGAAAGCUGCAGACAUUCUUCCUCUCCUUCGAGACAAGUUAGCUUUCCUCUCGGGUGGUCGAGACAAGAGAGGGGGCCCUAUUCUUGCCUUCCCAUCAGGCUCUGCCCUGGACAAAGUCAGUCCGAUUGACCUCCGAAAGCUCGUCUUCUACCUGAGUGGAAUACCAAGUGAUGAGGCUCGAGAUCUUGGAUUCACUGUGAUCAUUGACAUGAGAGGCUCAACAUGGACGAACAUCAAACCUGUACUCAAAGCGUUACAGGAAUGUGUACCAGACAACAUUCACAUGGUAUACAUCAUCAAACCAGAGAAGUUCUGGCAGAAGCAACGCACCAGCAUGGGCAGCUCCAAGCUCAAGUUUGAGACGGCGAUGAUAUCGUCGGAGAAUCUAGUGAAGAUGGUUGACCCAGCACAGCUGACCGUUGAUAUGGAAGGUACUAUGCACUAUGAUCAUGAAGAAUGGCUUCAACUUAGACUGGCUCUGGAGGAUUUCAUUUGUAAAGCCGUAGACAUGAUGCAGCAUCAAGAGCAGAUCACACAGGAACUCAACUGCAUGAACUACGCCAUGGACAUAGAGGGCGCUCAAUCAUGUCUGCAGGAUCAUGAGAUGUUAAGACGCAGCAUACAGCAGAUGCCUGUGGAGGCUGUCAACCAAGAAGGACAGAAAGUACUCAGAAGGAUAUGUGGUGUGUUUGGAGGCGACUCUGUCACCGUGGAUAGUGGGUAUGGAGGUAGCUUCACCAGCUCCUCUACGGUCUCCCUAAACGCAGACUUCCAAGCGGUGGCGCCCCGCAUCCUUCAACUCCUCGAUAACGUCGCCAACACCAGGCAACACCUCUACCAGCUGUGGACAGCCAAACAAGCCAAACUAGAACAGUGCCUACAACUCAAAUUAUUUGAACAAGAUGCCAAAAAGCUAUUUGAUUGGUUAGAACACCACAGAGAUUUAUUCCUAAUCAAUCACACCGACCUGGGUCAUUCAGUAGACAUGGCAGCUGAGCUUUCAGAUGAACACAACCACUUCGCUUCACAGUCUAUGGGCAUGUAUGUCCACAUCAAUAGAGUACUUUCUGCGGCAUCGCAGCUGAUUGAUAAUAAUCAUUAUGCAUCGGAGGUCAUAAGGUCACACAUGCUUCGAAUCGACCGCGAGUGGAGGGCGUUUGCUGUGGCCUUGGAUGAACGAAGCCAGCUUCUUGCCAUGUCAGUUACGUUUCAUAAGAAAGUUUAUGAGUACGAACACAAUUUUCAUGGCUGGAGCACCCGAUGCCAUUUCGAUGAUGAACUCCCACAUGAUGUGGGACAAUUAGAAUCCAUGCUGCAAGAACACCAUGAGCUGUCAGAUGACAUCAAUCACAGAUACACCCAGGUUCUUUCCGAUGGCAAAGCCUUGCUGGCGGCAUUGCAGCAGCCGUUGAGUCCUGAGAGUGAGAACUCUGUGACUGCCCAGACCAACUACUCCCAGUCGGCCGGUCACUUCCUGGAUCUGAUCCAUGAAGUACUGCAGCAGCACAGGGAGUUAGAUGAGCGGUGGCAGAGGAAGAAGACUGUCAUCAACCAAAGGGUGCAGCUCUGUGUCUUCCAACACGAUACAGCACAGGUGCUGUUCUGGCUGCAGAACUACGGAGAGGAGUUCUUGAACAAGCACACGAGCAUCGGAAAGUCGCUGCAUAAAGCCAGGGCGUUGCAGAAGAAACAUGAGGAAUUUGAAGCCAUUGCUCAGGUGAGUUUAGAAAACAAGUCGCAGAGACAACAGAAGAGGCAGAUAGUGAUAGUGAUAAGGAUGAUGAUUAUGAUGACGACGACGAUGAUGAUGAUGAUGAUAAAUUUGUGUAUGAUGAUGUGGAUGGUAUGGAACUGUCAGUGGUGUUGAUGUUGCCAAUGGUGGAUUAAUACAGAAGGGAAGGAGGAGAGGAUACAAGCCAAGAGCGCUGAAUUUAAUACUUCUUUUGAAAAAGUAACAAGAUAUCAGAGUUUCGGUAUUCAUCAUUUUUUACUUGUGAGGUAAUGAUGCUUGGGCCAGUAUUGUAUUGCUACCUCAUUUAAGAUUGUCUGUUUCAUAGCUAAUUCCUAAAUACCACUGAAUAAGUUUGCUGCUGACUUUUGAAGAAAUCUAAUUUAUUACUCCUUGUUAUCUUAUGGAUGGAUCAUUUCAAUCUUACAUGUUUGUGGUUCAGCUAUUUGUUCAUUGCUUUCUUCUUCCAAAAUGAGUGUCGUAGCAGGCCUAAGCCAAUAAUGAAGAAGAAGACAGUCAAAUGAAUAGAUGCCUUCAUCUGUCUUUCUUAAUGUCAGUAUCCAAAUGAAUAUUAUUCAGAGAGAGAGAGAGAGAGAAAGAGGG